CGCCGCGCGUGCCGCUUCACAACCGGCGGGACUAGCGAAGGAGGAGGAGGAUGUGUGCUUGUGUUUACCCUCCAGAGCGCCAGGGAGGCGAGGCCCAGGGCCCGGCCUCACCAGAGGAAGAGCCGCUGAAGGUGAAGCGGCCGAUGAACGCGUUCCUGGUGUGGUCGUGCGGGGAGCGUCGCCGCGUGUCCGAGGCCUUCCCGCGGAUGCACCACUCGGAGAUCUCGAAGCGCCUGGGCGCCGCCUGGCACCUCCUGCCCGAGGCCCAGAAGAGGCCCUUCCGCGAAGAGGCCCAGCGCCUCCGCCACACUCACCUCGCCCUCCACCCGCACCACAAGUUCCGGCCACGCAGGAAGAGGAAGGGGCGACCCCGCACGGGCCAGGCCCAGGUCCAGGCCCCCACCCCGCCAGGGGAAGAAGGACACGCCCACGCCCAGCAGGACACGCCCAGCAGGUAG